AUGGGUGGCGGCAGCGAAAUUAGGAGCAACGUUUCAUACCCUGUCUUUGCGCAGCGGCCUGUCGGCGUCCCGAAAACUAGCAUUCUCAAGGGCCGUAUCGAGCCAUUCUACAAGUCAGGCCAAUAUGAUAAAGUGAAUCUGCUAGCGAAUCUCUACAAUGCCAGGUACUCAGGCAAGCCUCAUGUGCAGCUCUCUGUCUGGAGCGCUCCCGGCCAAGAACGACCGGCCUUUGAGCAUGCGGUUUCACAACAGUUCAAAGAAACCCACACCGGAGCUUCUUUCGGCCCUUCGUGGUCAACUCAUUGGUUCAGAGUCGUUUUGACUAUCCCCGCGGCCAUCGCUGAUGAAGAGCUCCUCGAGCUCCAGUGGGACGGAAACAACGAGGGCCUGGUCUGGACCGAGGAUGGUAUGCCUCUCCAAGGUCUGACCGGUGGAGGUGAGAGGAUCGAGUGGGUGAUACCGCGCUCGUUCCGCGACGGCAAGCCGCACACCAUUUACAUCGAGAUGGCUUGCAACGGAAUGUUCGGAAACGCGCCGAACGGCAAAUCCAGCAUUAUGCCGCCUGACCCUAAUCGUUAUUUCACCCUUUCCAAAGCGGAUAUCGUCGCCGUCAAUGUUCCUGCUCGCGGUCUUUACUUUGACAUGUGGGAGAUUGGCGAUGCUGCCAGGGAACUCCCAGAGAACUCAGCAGAGCAGGGACGAGCGUUGACUGUUGCCAUGAAAAUCAUCGACACGUUCGAAGUGAACAACCAGGAGUCCAUCCUCGAGUGUCGAAAGCUGGCUCAGCAGAUCAUUGGCCCCGAUGUCGACUCCCAUCGAGUGUACGAAGUAGGCCCAGAGCCCGUUGUUUUUGGUAUCGGACACUGCCACAUUGACUCGUGCUGGCUGUGGCCUUUUGCAGAGACCAGACGCAAGGUAGCUCGAUCUUGGUCGAGUCAGUGUGAUCUGAUGGACCGCUACCCAGAAGCCCAUUUUGCUUGUUCCCAGGCUCAGCAGUUCAAAUGGCUGAAGCAGCUGUAUCCCAAGGCUUUUGACCGCGUAAGGCGAAAGGUGAGUGAGGGCCAGUUUCAUCCCAUCGGUGGCAGCUGGGUCGAACACGACACGAAUAUGCCUAGCGGAGAGUCGCUUGUGCGCCAGUUCUUCUAUGGCCAGAGAUUCUUCGAGGCGGAGUUCGGGGCGCGCUGCCGCACCUUUUGGCUUCCUGACACCUUUGGAUACUCCAGUCAGCUGCCUCAACUCUGUCGCCUGGCAGGCAUGGACCGCUUCAUGACCCAGAAGCUCAGCUGGAACAAUAUCAACAAUUUCCCCCACACGACCUUUAUGUGGGUGAGCCCUGACGGAAGCCAAGUCAUUUGCCACAUGCCGCCGUCGGAGACAUACACUGCUGAAGCCGAUUUUGGUGACUUGAAGCGCAGCGUCACCCAACACAAGACUCUUCGUGUUGACAAUACGUCCCUGUUGGUCUAUGGCAAGGGUGACGGAGGUGGCGGCCCAACCUGGCAACACCUGGAGAAGCUUCGACGCAUUGCAGGAAUCAGCAACACUAUUGGUGCCAUUCCCAAGCUGAAGCUUGGCCUCAGCGUCGACGACUUCUUUGAUCGCCUCGCUCCAAAGGCCAAUGAGCUUCCCACAUGGUAUGGUGAGCUCUACUUUGAGCUACACCGAGGCACCUACACGACGCAGGCAAACAACAAGUAUUACAACCGCAAAGCCGAAAUCUUGCUGCGAGAUCUGGAGCAGCUUGCCACGUUUGCCUCUCUUAACAAUUCGGCAUACAAGUACCCUACCGAACAGAUUGACAACCUGUGGGAAGGUGUGCUUUUAUGUCAGUUCCACGACUGCCUUCCUGGGAGCUCAAUCGAAAUGUGCUACGAUGACUCUGACAAGAUAUACAAGGAAACAUUUGAGACCGGCCACAAGCUGCUUGAGGAGAUUUACAAGGCCCUGGACACCAGUGCAUUGCAAACCGACGGCUGCCAGUCGGUUGCCCUCAACACCCUACCUUGGCACCGCAAGGAACUUGUUGAAGUGUCAGAUACUGAGGUUGGCGUUGCUUGCGGACAAGGGCCGCUCCUUGCGCUCCGCACCUUCAAGUCGCAAGAAGACAAGCCUGCAGUUUCGCUGGAGCAGCGGGGCAGUCAGUUCAUCUUGGAAAAUGACGACCUCCGGCUAGUUGUCGACGGUGGCUGCAUCACUUCGCUGUAUGACCGGGUCAACGAGCGCGAAACGAUCGAGAAGGGCGGCAAGGCCAACAAGUUCGUCAUCUUUGACGAUAUUCCUCUCUUCUGGGAGGCCUGGGAUGUUGAGGUCUAUCAUCUGGAGACCCGCCGAGAGCUCAGCUACGGCGAGACGAACGUACACGAGAUCAAGCCUCAUCGCGUCACCCUUGUUACUGAUAUCAGGAUCAGCAAGCAUAGCUCCAUCAAGUCCUACAUUACUCUAUCAGCAGCCCUCAAGGGUCAGCCGUCAUGGGUCGAGUGUAAGGCUGAGGUGGACUGGCACGAGAACUCCAAGUUCCUCAAGGUGGAGUUUCCCGUGGACAUUGUCAAUACGGAGGCUUCGUAUGAGUCGGCAUACAGCAUCACCAAGAGGCCGACUCACUACAACACGAGUUGGGACAUGGCUAAGUUUGAGGUGUGCUGCCACAAGUUCGCCGAUUUAUCGGAGCACAACUACGGAGUCUCAAUCCUCAACGACAGCAAGUACGGAUUCGCUACAGCCGGCAAGCUCAUGCGCCUGUCCCUGCUCCGAUCUCCCAAGGCCCCCGAUGAGCACGCGGAUAUGGGCCGCCACUCGAUUCGUUGGGCCAUACUCCCUCACAAGGGCAGUCUCUCGUCAACCACGGUCAAGGCAGGAUAUGCCUUCAACAACCCCCUCAAGGUGUUGUCGGCACCCAAAUUCGCCAUUGAUACCUUCAGCAGUGCCCCCAUCCAGUUGAUCCAUCGGGAUGAGUCUGCCUCCAUCAUUCUGGACACGAUCAAGAGAGGACAUGAUGACGAGGACGUCAGCCGCCGCGAAGGCCACCGCGUCAACAGCGGGCAAAGCGUCAUCAUUCGUCUGUACGAAUCCUUGGGUGGACGCAGCCGGGCAACGAUCAAAAGCGAGUAUCCGGUGAAGCGUGUCACCAAGGUCAACAUUUUGGAGGACGAGAUCGAGCAGGUCUUGCUGCGGGAUGGCAAGUUUGACAUUACUCUUCGACCAUUCGAGGUGGCUACAUACAAGCUGCAGCUGUAG